AUGGACGUUCCAUACUACCACUACGACCACGGCGGAGACGGCCAGUAUCUUCCGCCGGGGUUCAGGUUUCAUCCCACGGACGAAGAGCUCAUCACUCACUACCUCCUCCGCAAAGUCCUCGACGGUUGCUUCUCUAGCCGUGCCAUCGCUGAAGUUGACCUCAACAAGUGUGAGCCUUGGCAACUUCCCGGGAGAGCUAAGAUGGGAGAGAAAGAAUGGUACUUCUUCAGCCUCCGUGACCGAAAAUAUCCGACUGGACUGAGAACCAACAGAGCUACUGAGGCUGGUUACUGGAAAGCUACCGGAAAAGACAGAGAGAUAUACAGUUCCAAGACUUGUGCACUUGUUGGGAUGAAGAAGACUCUUGUCUUCUACAAAGGAAGAGCUCCUAAAGGAGAGAAGAGUAAUUGGGUUAUGCAUGAGUAUCGUCUUGAAGGCAAAUUCUCUUACCAUUUCAUCUCAAGAAGCUCCAAGGAUGAGUGGGUGAUCUCUAGGGUUUUCCAGAAAACCGGUUUAAUCAGUACCGGAACCGGAACCGGAGGAGGAGGACCGAGUGUUAGUGUAAGCAGCGGUGGAGGUGCGUCUAAGAAGACGAAAGUGUCCUCAACGAUUUCAAGAAACUACCAAGAACAACCAAGCUCACCUUCCUCCGUCUCACUGCCUCCUCUCCUUGAUCACACCGCCACUUUCGGCUACACCGAUAGCAGUUGCUCCUACGACAGCCGUAGCACCAACACAACCGUCACAGCUAGUGCAAUAACCGAGCACGUGUCCUGUUUCUCCACUGCCACUACUACUACUGCUACUACUACGGCCUUGGGCUUAGAUGUUAACUCGUUCAACCAUCUUCCACCGCCGCCUCAGGGGUUUGACUUUGACCCUUUUCCUCGUUUUGUCUCUAGAAACGUCUCGGCUCUAUCUAACUUUAGAUCUUUCCAAGAAAACUUCAAUCACUUUCCUUACUUUGGAUCGUCUUCUGCAUCGACCGCGACCUCCUCCGUUAAUCUGCCUUAUUCACAUGGAGGCGGUGGUGUCUCCGGGAUGAAUUACUGGCUUCCGGCCACUGCGGAAGAGAAUGAGACAAAGGCUGGUCUGCUUCAUGGUGGACUUGACUGUAUUUGGAACUGCUGAUCACAAAAGAGGCGCACGUUAACUAAUAAUUAUGUUCCCGUAGGGUCAGUUUCUAUCUCUAGGAUGAUUAUGGUAUUAUGAACUAUGUAUCGAAGAGCUUAAUAUUGCACUCGAUGUUCCGUUUUAAGUGUAGCCGGUUAUGUUAUUAAUUAAUUAGACUAUGUAACGAGCAUAUGUA